AUGUCCGACGUGGCUGCGCGGCUGGACUUGGCCUUCGCCGACGUGUCAGGUGGUCUGAUUCAUCGGUGCAUCGAUCAUACCAAGAAGAAGGUUCGCGAGAUGAACGCAUACCUCGUCGAAUUGGAAGCCACAGAUGAGGCUGCGAAUGAGCCGCCUUUGCCGGUCGAUGAGGAGUCAAGCGAUGACGACGAGAGCGACGAUGACGAGUCCAUUCUUACGGAUAUCGUCGAUGUAAACCUUGCGUAA